CCUUAAUUCCACUUCAAUAAUCUUAAUCAAUUCCAUCCCCCCACACACCCUUUCAAAAAAACACAACCCCACUCUCUCCUUUCCUUCAUUCAUGUCUUUCUCUCUGAUAAUCUAACCCUCAACAAUAAUAAAAAAAAUCCUAAUUUCUCCGUCUCCCUCAGGUUUUCGUGCCCGAAUCGAUUUUGAAAAAAACAGAGAUGGAGAACUCGGAGUGCGUGAGAGUUGCAGUUAAUAUUCGGCCGUUGAUCACACCAGAGCUUCUCAAUGGUUGUACAGACAUCAUCACCGUUGUUCCUGGAGAGCCGCAGGUUCAGAUCGGCUCGCAUUCGUUCACUUACGAUUACGUGUAUAAGAGCACGGCGUCACCUUCUUCAGAUAUUUUCAACGAUUGUGUUGCUCCACUGGUAGAGGCACUUUUAAAUGGCUACAAUGCCACCGUCCUUGCAUAUGGCCAGACUGGUUCGGGGAAAACGUAUACUAUGGGGACUAGCUACACUGGAGAAGGAAGUAAUAGUGGGAUUAUACCGAAAGUAAUGGAUAGUAUAUUUAAGAGAGUGGAGACUGCUCAAGAAUCGACAGAGUUUUUGAUACGGGUUUCAUUUAUUGAGAUAUUUAAGGAAGAGGUGUUCGAUUUGCUCGAUCCCAAUUCGGCAGUUUUCUCUAAAGCCGAAGGGGUGAAUUCUGCAAAGCCUGCGGUGCCUGCUAGAGUACCAAUUCAGAUAAGAGAAACAGUAAAUGGAGGGAUCACGCUUGCUGGUGUCACUGAAGCAGAAGUUAGAAAUAAAGAGGAGAUGGCAUCUUACUUGUCGCAUGGGUCUCUAUGUCGUGCAACUGGCAGCACUAACAUGAACAGUCAAUCGAGUCGCUCGCAUGCUAUAUUUACAAUUACCAUGGAGCAAAAGAAAAUUUCUUCCUGUCCAAGCGGAGUAAAUAAUGAUGAAUUCGGUGAUGACAUGUUAUGUGCAAAACUACACUUGGUUGACCUUGCUGGAUCAGAACGUGCAAAAAGAACAGGAGCAGAUGGCAUGCGUUUCAAGGAAGGCAUCCAUAUCAAUAAGGGUUUGCUGGCCCUUGGAAAUGUGAUAAGUGCAUUGGGUGACGAGAAGAAAAGGAAAGAAGGGGGCCAUAUUCCUUAUCGCGACAGCAAGUUGACACGCUUGUUACAGGAUUCUUUGGGAGGAAACAGCAAAACGGUGAUGAUUGCAUGUGUUAGCCCUGCUGACACAAAUGCGGAGGAGACCUUGAAUACUUUGAAAUACGCAAAUCGUGCUCGCAAUAUUCAAAACAAAGCAGUGGUCAAUCGUGAUCCAAUGUCUGCUCAAAUGCAGCGAAUGAGAAGCCAAAUUGAGCAAUUGCAGGCUGAACUGUUAUUUUAUCGUGGUGAUGCAACCAUCCCAUUUGACGAGCUUCAGAUACUCAAACACAAAGUAUCGUUGCUUGAAGGGAGUAAUGCUGAACUAAAACGAGAGCUUCAUGAAAGACAACUCACCUGCGAACAUUUGAAUCAACGUGCUGUCGAAGCUCAGGUUGAAAAGGACAAAUUGAUAAUGCAAAUUGAAUCAGCUCGAAAUGGUAAAUCAUGGGAUGAGAUUGACUCCAGUACAAGUCAGGAUUAUGAUUUAGUGAAAAAGUAUGUAUCAAAAAUUCAAGAGUUAGAAGGAGAGCUGCUGCAUUUGAAAAACUUGUCCAACUCGAAGUGUAUUCAAUUUGUUGAUUAUAUCAACUCAGAUGAUGAGAGGUUUGGCUCAAAAAAUGCUUUGUUACAAUCUCUAAAUGAGUUUUCAUCCAAUUCUGACACAAAAGCAGCAGACAUUUCAGAUGAAGUUGAAGAUGAUGAAAAAGAGCUAGAACAUUCUUCUCUUCAAGAAAAAUUGGACUGGGAGCUGAAAGAAUUGGACAGAAAACUUGAACAAAAGGAGGCUGAAAUGAAGCGUUUUACAAGUGUGGAUACUUCAGUUCUUAAGCAACAUUAUGAGAAGAAAGUUCACGAUUUAGAACAAGAAAAGAAGGUUUUGCAGAAAGAGAUUGGGGAAUUGAGAUGCAAUCUUGUCAAUAUAUCAUCUACUUCUGAUGACGGUGCUAAAAAAUUAAAGGAUGAGUAUCUUCAAAAGUUGACAGUCCUUGAGGCACAGGUUGCAGAGUUGAAGAAGAAACAAGAUGCUCAAGCUCAAUUAUUGAGACAAAAACAAAAGAGUGAUGAGGCUGCAAGACGACUGCAUGAGGAGAUUCAGAGAAUCAAGACUCAAAAGGUCCAACUUCAACAUAAGAUCAAGCAAGAAUCUGAGCAAUUCAGGUUAUGGAAGGCAUCGAGGGAAAAAGAAGUUCUUCAGCUUAAGAAAGAAGGCAGGAGAAAUGAGUACGAGAUGCACAAGUUGUUAGCUUUGAAUCAAAGGCAGAAAAUGGUGCUACAAAGAAAGACAGAAGAAGCUUCUAUGGCUACAAAAAGGCUAAAAGAGCUUUUAGAAUCAAGAAAGAUUGGUGUUGGAAAUGGCAAUGGCCCUGGAAUUCAGGCUCUGAUGCAGGCAAUUGAGCAUGAGCUUGAAGUCACAUUACGCAUACAUGAAGUACGUUCUGAGUAUGAGCGUCAACUGCAAGAGAGAGCUAGAAUGGCCAACGAAGUUGCAAAGUUGAAGGAAGAAGCAGAGAUACUUAAACAAACUAAUUCAAGUGAUUGCUCGCCAGCGAUGUCUCCUGGGGCUAGAAAUUCAAGGAUUUUUGCUCUUGAAAACAUGCUUGCUGCUUCUUCUAGCACCUUGGUUUCGAUGGCAUCACAAUUGUCAGAAGCAGAAGAGCAUGGACGGGGCUUUAGUGGAAGAGGACGUUGGAAUCAAGUUCGGUCACUUGCUGAUGCAAAAAACGUGAUGAGUUAUUUGUUCAAUAUAGCAUCCUCCACCAGGUGCUUGUUGCGAGAUAAAGAAGUUGACUGGAGAGAAAAGGAUACUGAAAUAAGAGAUUUGAAGGAAAAAGUGGUGAAACUGACUACUCUGGCCAGGCAUCUUGAAAUGCAGAAGGCAGAACUCUUUCAUCAAGUGAAGUUACAGAGUUCAGCAUUGAAAAAAUACUCCACCAAAAGUGAGGCCGAUUCUGAAGGAUGCAAGCUCGACAUGCAUAGACAGGCACAACAAAGCACCCCUAUCAUAUUGGAUGAUAUGGAUACAUCUGAAUCAGAACAUUCAGAUAAUGAUUUGAUGGAUGAUGAAUGGGUACAAUCAGAGAAAGAGGCGACUGAUGAUGAAUGGGUAAUGUCAGGGAAGCGGCAGAGAAAGAAAAUAAAUUUAAAAAACAAAGCCCGUUCCAGUACAGGAGAUAUCCAUGAUCCUGAAAACUCCAAGUCAGAUUGUUCUGGUGAGGCAGCCACUGCUGUUCCAGUAUGUUGUGCUUGUAGUAAAUACUCAUUAUGCAAGACAUCCAAGUGCCAGUGUCGAGCAUCUGGGGGUUGUUGUGGGAUAUCGUGUGGCUGCAUGCCAAAUAAAUGUUCUAAUAGAGGAGCUACUACAAUUCCAGAUUCGGAACUUGGAUCUAAUGAAACAGAAAACAAUCAGGUCCUUGCUUCUCAUGGUGCAAUGUUGCUAGAAAGUGCCCUAGUUGAGAAGCCUAGAGAAACAAGUGAUGAUAGUGUGGUGGGAAGGAAGCCUCUGUCCGAUAUAGGCAACACGAUGGCCAAAUCCAAUGCACCAAACGCAAACCAGAGAAAGAAAUGGCGCAAAUCAGUAAUUCAGCUUGUUCCUGUUCCUCCACCCACCACAAAAUCAGAAAACACUGAAGCUGCCCCCCAAAAGGCUGAUGAUAAUGGUGCAAGCGAAGCAGACAUUCCUUUGAAGUUACCUAGGGCUAUGCGAUCGGCUGCACCAAACACUGUAAGUGAAACAGAUAAUGGUGCAAGCGAGGCGGAAAUUCCUUUGAGGCUACCGAGGGCUAUGAGAUCAGCUUCACAUGGUGGCAUCUUUCUGAGAGACAGGAAUGCUGAUCAAGCAGAAGAAUCAAUAAAUAAGGAGACCGGUGUGCUUCCUACCAGAAGCCCUGCCCGACCGAAAAGAACAUCCGAUGAGAAGGAGAACUACGGCGGUUAACAUGUAUACCAGUACCGCUAAGAUUAUUUUUUGGAUGGAUUUGUUUGGAAAAAAUGAAGGUGGACAUGGAGCUCUAUUGGUACCUUGAUUGAUUGUGUACUCCGCUGUGCUGGGUAAUUGUGUAAUUGAUUUCUUUCUAGAAAUCAAACAAGACAGAUUUAGAUUAGGAAUUCAUGUCUGUCUCUCCGAUGUGAUGCUUUGCUCUCCUAUUAUUUUGUAUGAAUUCUUUGUUAAUGUCGAUACAGAUUCAUAUUUCAUUGGUCCAUUGAAAAGUUCA